UGUUUUCAUCUGUCACAGCUGAGUGGCCAUGACGUCACGAUUUAUUGACCAUUUUUGUUGUGUUGUGACCGAGGCAGCUGAUAACGAAUAAAGACAGAGGGUGACAAAGAACAGGAGGAUAAAAUUGGAAACUGUGAAAGGAAGUAAGGCGGUGACAUGGGGAAUUGUUUCAAAUCUUCUAGCAACGACGACAUUUCUCUUCUUCGUGGGAAUGACCAUCAUGAUCCAGCUCUUGAGCCAGCGCCCUUUGUUGAGCCCCCUCCUCCGUACCGACCACAGCAGAGAAUGCCAAUCUUCCACCCCUCUCCUGGGGUAAGUCGGCCGGCCAAUCAGCUAACAGAGGAUGAGCAGAUCAAGAUUGCGCAGCGUUUGGGUCUUAUCAAUCAUCUGCCAACUGGAAAGUACGAUGGAACCAACAAAAAAGCUAAAGAGUGUGUCAUCUGCAUGAACGAGUUCGUCUUUGGUGACGAGCUGCGCUACCUUCCCUGCAUGCAUUGCUACCAUCGAGAGUGCAUCGACGACUGGCUGAUGCGAUCGUUUACCUGCCCCAGCUGUAUGGAGCCAGUGGACGCUGCCCUCUUGACGACCUACCAGACCAGCUGAUCUCCAGAUUGGGUGGCAUUACCAUGAUCAGGUUUUGUAACUGUCAUUUUUAUGAAUGAAUUCAUUAUCUGCAUUGUAUGAUUUGAUACUGGAUUAUUUAGAGGUUAAUUUGUCUGGAUCGAUAACAACAAGAGGUUAAUUUGUGGAAAAUGAAGCAGUGAAAAGUUUUUGUUUUUUUAUUUGAGAAAACAAAACUAUCAGUUACAUCUUUUGGUGCAUAAAGUGAAAGGAUCAAAGUAAUGGACUCUCAACUUGUUUUACCUAAACGUUCUGUUCGGUACACAUUCUAUGAAAAUGUUUGCUUGGAUAACAUUGUAUAUAAGCAGAUCAGAGACUCUAUUUUUGAUGAAAAUCAAGUCUUAUAAGAAAAAAAAAGUAAACUCACGCUACAAGCUUUCCACUAAUCAUUAAUAGAAAGUCCCAUUUUUCUGGGUAUAUAUCUUGUAUGGCAGCAAUUUGGCAAAGAAGAAAAAAUCAAAACAGAACUGUUGAAUCAUAAAAAAAAGUUUGGAAGGUCAUGAGCCACAAACUAAAUGAUGACAGCAUACUCGGCAACAUCAUUGUCCUGAGAAAGUAGUGACGUCUAUCACAAAAGACUGUCUCCAUCCGCUGAAUCCUGCUUGUGGACUAUCUGGAUGAAGCAUGGUAGCAGGCUUUUCUUUCUAGAGUAGCAAGGAUGGACAGAUAGUAGAAGUUCCUCUAUAUCUCCUUCCAUCAGGCUGACGUUGGAACAUUCUGCCAUGUAAAAAUAAAAAUGUGAAAUAUGAGGGUAAUCUUGUUCACAUGAGGUUACAUUUACUUGCUUUUGUGGGAAGGUUUGCUAGUGUUUUUGAGACGCGUGUGUGAGUGAUGCGGAUGUAUUGAUCGUUGGCGGACAAGCUGUUGUGAGUGAGUGGACUUG